CACCAAUACCGCUCACUACACUUCGCAUCAGUCGGUGAUUGUUACCACUUUGUAUGUCACAGUUUAUCGCGAUUCACACUGCAGUGGCAACCCCUGCAGAGUCACCCGCGACUCCAAAUCUUUGUAUUUGUACCGCCCGCUUUCUACACGCCUCACUCUUGUGAGCGUACCAAAUCAUCUUCUCCCACUGCUUUCUACAGGAGCAUUCCCGAUCGAGCGCUCACAGGGGGCAGUCUCUCUCAUUGUCUCACCCCACUAUGGGGGCAAGACAGCGCGCUCAGGCGCGAGCAAAACGAGCGAGCGGUGGACAUAGAUUGUCAUCGUGGGCAUCGAACCAGGCCAAUGGGUCUGUCAAUGCCGCGAAACACCAAGCUCGUGUUCAAGCCUGGCAGGAUUACACCGAUUCAAGCUCGCCGCACCGCAACGGCACAUUCAGCAUGAGUCAGGAAGCCCGCAAUACCGAGCGUCAUACCAUGGGUUGGGGACCUACCAAACUGAGAGAAAAGAGUGUGGCAUUUGUCAGUGCUGGCAAUCUUGUCCGUGACGAAGCAGACACUGUUCAGGAAGAUGAAAAUGUAGAGGGUGAAGCAGACACCACCGGGGCCGAAGAUAUCAAAGAACAGGACUCCACGGGUCCUGUUUUGGAGUCUCCGGUUGAGGUUGAUACCACUCAAGUCGCUGUCGCUGUUUCACCCACGCCACCCUCUGUCCAACCUUUGCAUCCACCCAAAUACCUCUCCCGGAGAACUUCGGCCUCGUCUCAGUCCUCGGAGGAGAUCGUUUUCUGUGGUCGACAGAAUCGCUCCACAAGCGGCCCUUCCGGAUCAACAUCAGCAAAGCCAACUCCCAUCCGCGGUAACAGCCCAGCAGACAACAAGGCUAAUGCGACCAGCCCUCCAUCCCUCGCAGAGGAAGACGUCAGUAUUUCACAAUGGCAAGAACACACGCAUAUGCGUUCCACUCGCCCGACGCAAUCUCACAACAAGCCUUCGGGCCGUCGUGGCAGAGCUUACCUUCGGUAUCAGCGUGAGCGGGAGGAAGAAGAGGCACUCAUGAGAGAUUAUAUCGAGAAUCUUGCGGUUGACGACGACAGUGCUGAAGAUGAGUCGAGCGAAGAGGGUGCGGCUGACGACACAGAUGGGCGCAACGAACAUUACAGAUUCUUCGAUGGUUCUGCCCAGAUGAACGAGAAGGUGCAGACUGCAUCGGCAAAAGGCGCGGUGAAAGGAGAUAUUGCUCAAGCUAUCGACUGGGAUUCUGCAGAUCUAGAAGACUUUGACGGGUUGAGCACCACUGAUGAGGAAGUUUUGGAGAUCUCUCAGGUGCUACGACGUCGGAUUCGCCCCAGUGGCCCACAGUAUCUUGUGACUGCAAGCGGACAAGGUGCCAACGAGGCUCGUUGGGUGCUGCAAGAGAAGCUUGUCUCUGCCUCUGCGCGAGAAGAGAUCCGCAUCUUCGAAGAGAUUCGCUCGAUGAAUGUUGAGGAGGACACUGAAGAGUCAGAUACUGAAUCGGAGACUGACGACGCCCUUGAAGACUUGGUUGGCGACAUCGAGUCAGAGGACGAAGAAAAUGCACGCAUCCUAGAACGUACCUCCCGGAUGACCGACGAGCAGAUCGCUCGAGCAUUGGCGAAACAGGAAGAACUCGGUCUGGGUGGUGACGAAUUACUUCUCUUUGACGGCGAGGCUGGGGACGACACUGAUGAGCGGGAUGAGUUCGCCGCUGACCGAGACUUCAUUCCAUUCUCCGCAAAGAAACACCUCUCUAAUCGUGGCAAGUCGAAGCGCAAUAGCCGGCGACGAGACGUCUUCCCGCCUGCCGAAGCGUUUGCCGAUGCUCUCGAACAAGACCCCUACGGUGCGUUUGACAUUAUGGAUUUCGAGCGACCGAGUCUCCGACCUAAGAAGAAGGGGCGCAAGUCGGACUUUCCAUUUGAUCUGGGCCUGGAAGAUGAGGAACUGGCGGAGCACUUGCGAAGCACAUGGAGUAAGGACAGAGAGAAGAAGGCCGCGAGGAAGCGCGAAAAGCAAGCAGCACGUGAAGCCGCUCUGCUCGACGCCUCUGAGCGUAACGACCCCGCCUCGAUCAAGGCCGAAAUCAGACAAUUCCUGGUGGAUGAUGAGGAUACUCUUGCUCUGGCUGCCAUGGACUCGGCAACUCGCGCCUCGGUUCAUCGACUAGCCAAGGCACUGAGGUUGAAGUCACACUCGGAGGGCAAGGAAGGACAGGGCGCAGGCAGAUACCCUGUCCUAACCAAAGGGCCGCAAACCCCGCGUUUUACGUCUAACACUAUCUGGGAGGUUGAUGCGCUGAUGAACCAGAGAAAGUUCUUCCCCAAGCAUGGUGGAGGGUCUUACAGAGGUCCCAAUGCUCCUCGAACCGCCGGUGCAGCGCGGGCUCGUCGUGGUGGUGGCGGUGCUUUGUCUGGUGCAACCUACUCGAACGGUGAAGUUGUUGGUGCGUCUGCCCCAGAGAUUGGUGCCGACAACAAAGGUCGCGCGAUAUUGGAGAAAAUGGGCUGGACAAGUGGCAUGGGCAUUGGUGCAGUCGGCAACAAGGGUGGCCUCGAAGCUAUCAAGCAUGUUGUCAAGACAACUCGCGCCGGGUUGGGUUAAAGGAUGCUGUUUGCCGCUGUUUGUAGGACGGGUUUUGCCGUUCUGGGGUUUUGACAAUGUUUCCGGAUAGAAAGCCCGGGCUGGACCAUGCUGAAUAGACAAUGUCGUCCAGUUGCUGACGGGCUCUGUCCUGCGCUGGCUUGUGUCUCCUUGUUCGAGUCAUGGUGAUAUGUAUGGAUUACUCCUCCAAGGGCCGCCUGGGCUCUGUGUGUAUGCGGUCAUAGAAAAGCAGUGGCGAUGGCUAAUUAAACCGUUUCAUGCCCAUA